AUGUCCCAACCAGCGACCCUCACCUCUAAUCCUGGUCUUUCCAAGUCCGCAAAGAAGCGCUCAAAGAAGGCCAAGGCUCAGGCAGGCACACAAACCUCUUCCAUCUUAUCCGAUUCAGAGGCCCACAGAGACCAUCUUGAUCAGCUUGACUCUCUCGACUCUGGCUAUCCCGACGAUUCCGAAUUGUUCGCUCCUGGCGCCUAUCCUCUUGAUCUUCAAUACGACGCCGAAUUUUACGACGACGUACCUCUCCCUCCUGCCGUAGACAUUACAGCUCAGAGCUCUUUCGACCUCCCCUUAUCUUUCGACUACUCGGUGGGAUCGUUCAAGGCCAGCGCACCGAUCACGGGUAAUCCCUUGGCUCAUUUCAACAUCUCUCACGAGGAUUUGGUACAAGCAGCCAACGAGUUGUAUAGGAGAAUGGCCGAUCCCGAAUUUGGCAAUGAUGAUGCUUACUGGUCUUCGCUGCCUCCGCAUAUCCGACAGUUCGUCAGAGACGCCGUCCCUCUCCAAGGAAGGUCCAACGGUGAUGCGCCAAAGGGGGCUCAGGGUCAGCAAAGGGAGUUGUAUUCGAUGGCACAACGUAUAGUGUCAGCCGCUAGUCAAGGAAUGGGCUUGAGUACCGGUCUUGGGUCGAACUACAUGACCGGAGCAAACGGACGGCAAUAUCCUCAACCGGGUUUAGCCCACGAGCUUGGCUUUCAUCCUCACCCUGAUGCAAGGGACGACGAUCUGGAUGACGAUGACGAUUUUGAGGCUGAGGAACAUGUCGUUGCAAAUGGAGAUCUGCCGAAAAAGAAAAAGAACAAGAAAAAGAAGAAAGCGACUCCGAUGCCGGAUCCUCCUCCUGCGACUCUACCUCCACCUGCGGUGAAGCAACCUCCUCGACCGCCUCUACCAUCUCAACUCCCCACCCAACCUGCUCUCAAUCCUCCGCCCCCUCCCCCAGCCCCUGCCCCUGGGACCGCACCGCUCCCUCCUAGCUCCCGAGCGGCCGGCAAACAACCCAUGACCAGCACCCCGGCGUCCACCACCAAUCCACCGCGAUCUGCCCGAGCAGCUGGCAAGGCACCAGCCACCGCUCCUGCUCACAAUCACACGCACCACAAUCACCCUCCUCCCGCCAAGGCGCCAGCGAAAAGCAAAGCUACAACCAGCGCCCCGCCACCCAAAGUGUGGCAGCAGACCUCUCCUGAAGCACGCGUGCAGAUACAGCAGUUCUGGCUCGAGCUCAACGAGGCUCAACGGCGGGAACUGCUCAGUGCUGAAGUGAAGGAGACAAUGCAAAAGAUGCGAGAUCAACAACGUAACUCCUGUGCAUGUGCGGUAUGCGGUCGAAAGAAAGCCACAGUCGAACGCGAGCUCCAAGCUCUGUACACGGCCUGGUAUACGGAGAUGGAGACAAAAGUUGAACAUCAACGAGCUGCCGCAAGAGGUCAAAUACCUCCUCCUCCAGGUGCCGGACCCUUUCCGGGUAGUGUAGAGGUAGAUGCCAAUGGUCAGAUUGUCAAACUUGAUCAUCGUGCACCGGACCCAAAGCUUUCCGCCGCCGAUCUGGACGAGAGUGACGAGUAUGAUGACGAGGACGAUUUUGAAGAUGACGAUCUAGAAGAAGAUGAUGUCGUCUCUGACGAAGCGGACGCAGGGGACGAAAUCGAUGAUCCUCAUCCUCCAUCCACUCGCCCGGCUCGUAAAUUGCCACCAAAAGUGCCCGUGCCUAGACCGGCUGGGACAGGGGAAGAUUUUCAUUCGUUCGGAGCAAAUUUUGCGGAUAUCAAAGGAGGUGUCCUUACAGUUGCCGAUGACCUAUUGAAGAACGAUAGUUCAAGGUUUGUCGAAAUGAUGGAGCAACUGUCACUCUGCCGUGCUCAGAGAGAGGAGAUGAACGCUGAGGACAUUGAAGCUGAGACUGAUGAUGAGGAUGACGAUGGCCUCGACGAACCCCUCACAGAGCAUGAGCGAAUGGAAGAGGGCAUGCGCAUGUUCCAGAUCUUCGCAGCUCGAAUGUUUGAGAAACGUGUAUAUGAUGCUUAUCUCGAACGGCAGUCACGAAGACAUCAAGAAGAUCUUCUAGCGGCUCUGGAGGACGAAGAGAACAGCAAGAAAGCUAAAGAGGAGAAAAAGGCCAAGGAAGCUCAGAAAAAGAAGGAGAAGAAGAAAGCCAUGAAGGAGAAAGCAGAGGCAGAGAAGCUAGCCCGAGAGGCAGCCGCUGCCGCCGAAGCUGAAGCUCUGCGUGCUCAACGUGCGGCCGAGGAAAGGGAACGGCAACGUAAACUCAACGAAGAAAAGGCGCGACGUGAAGCCAGCAAACGUGCAGCGCAAGAAGAGGCGCAGAGGGUGGCUAUGGAGCGCAAGAAGCGGCAGCAAGAAGAGCGAGAACGGGAGGAGGAGCUGGCCAGGAAAAGGAAGGAAGAAGAGAAGGAAAAGGCGAGACGUGAGCGGGAACGUGAGGCGAAAGAGAGAGAGGCGAGAGAACGUGAAAAGCGUGAAAGGGAAGAGAAGCUUGCAGCUGAGAAGGCUGAAAGGGAGCGAAUCGCCAAGGAGAAAGCAGAGAAGGAACGCAUUGCCAAAGAAGAGGCUGAGAAGGCUCGACUUCGUGAGUUGGAGAAACAAGAGGAGAUCCGGAAAGCCAAAGCCGCUGAAGAAGCCCGAAAGGCUGAAGAAGUGAAAGCUGCUGCUGCUCUCAAAGCUCAACAAGAGCGUGAGCGAGUUGAGAAAGAGGCCGCUGAACGAGCUGCCGCAGCUGCGAAACUACAAGCUGAAAAGGAAAAGGAGAGACAGCGUUUGGCCGCUGCUGCCUCUGCUGCCGCCGCCGCUCAACAAGCUAUGAGAACGCCUGUCCAGCCUACGCCCAUACGAUCCGCAUCUGGAUCCGGAUCAUGGAACGGCGUCACAUCUCAACCUAUGUUGCAAGCUUCUGCACCAGCUUUCCGUCAACCUGUUCAACCAUCUCCUCCUCUUUCACAAGCGUCUCCUGUCAAAUCUGCACCCAUCCGUCCUGCACCCAAAGCGAACUUUUUCCCUCCACCAGCGAGUCAAGUGAGUUAUGGUGUCAAUCGAACUCCUCAAACCGCUAUUCCACCGAAUUUUCGUCCUUACCCACCUACGCAGCCACAAUCAUCUUUCCAACUGGCACCUGGAUCUUCUGCCCCUGGUGGACCCAUCUCUUUACCCACCUCACAAGCUCAGGCAUACGACGCACUCCGUUCUGCUCCAAUCGGCAUAGGGUUAGGAUAUCCCGAUCAAUCUAGAACUCCGACCAGUCGACUCUCCUCCGCUGAUGAUCUCUCCCCACACAUGGUACCUAUCGGUCAAUUACCUCGAUCCAUACCUGUCGGUGGACCAUCCAACGAAGUGGACAAUAUGAUAGACGAUUAUCGACGUGCUUCCGUCGCACCCAUCGGUCGACCUAGUUACACCGAAUCACCUUAUCCUCAUCAAAGUCUGAAUAAUCAUCAAGUCCAACCCAUCGGAACGGAUCAUCACGCUUCUUCCAGUCAACAUCAUCACCAACAUCAACAUCAACACCAACAUCGUUCCAGUCCUAGGAUGCCCACUCAAAUUCUUGGUUCUGCCGCUUUAGGAGAAGAUGAUGAGAUAGUCUCUCGUAAUACCAGACGUAAACCUAUCAUCCCUGCUCCGUUGACAUCAUGGGAGGCACCCACCGUCCCAAUGGGUCAAAGUUUGUCUAGCGUUUCCUCGCACGAUAUGAACUCUUUCUCCGCCAACUCGAUACAAUCCAUGGGACCAGGUCCAUUUGGUAAUAUCGGUUCUGGAGCUCCUGUCAGAUCUCAAUGGGGCACACCGGCCACGAGUUUACGUGCAGGAGACAGAUGGUCAACUCCUGCUUCUGCUGGACCAUUAGGAGCUUUAGGUAAUAUGGGUACGGAUUUAUGGGCAUCACCAAUGGGGAAUAACGGAGAUAAUCGUACUCCUGGUCAAAGAGGUCUAGGAAUGGGUCCUCAGAGACAAGGUUCGACAAAUUUAGGGAUGGGUGCUUUCAUGUCGCCUCCUCCACCUCCGCCCGGGUUCAGUCUGUAUGAUUACACCGGUUCAGGGACGGGACAUGGACAUUAGGUCGUUGGUGUGGGGGUUGGUUUCCCGGUGAGGAUGAGAAGAGCAGCAGUAGGUGAUGCGAGGGAGUGUGCACGAGGAGGGGCAGAGCCAUAUCCAUGCAUGCAGUCUUUUG